CCUUAGUCAUGGCUAGGUCUAACUGUUUGGCUCCUUUAGCCAUUUUCAUGGUUCUCUUUGUACAAUCCAUGUCACUUGGCACAGAUAUUUACACUGGUAGUUGGUUAGAUGGUCAUGCAACCUUCUACGGUGACAUGGCAGGUCAUGGAAUCUUGGAUGGUGCUUGUGGUUAUGGUCAAAUCAACAACCCUGGAUAUUAUGGGCUUUGGACUACAGCACUAAGCGUAGCUCUAUACAACAAUGGACUCUCAUGUGGUGCAUGUUUUGAGGUCAAGUGUGUCAACUCCCCUUUGUGCUAUAAAACCGCACCCUGGAUCAAAGUAACCGCCGUAGAUCUUUGUCCCGGUGGCAACUGGUGUGAUCCACCACUAAAACACUUCGACUUGUCAAUGAAAAUGUUCACCACAAUUGCCCCAAUUAGCGCGGGGGUCGUCCCUAUUCAAUUUCGCCGAGUUCCGUGUGUCAGAGCUCAAGGUGUCAAUUUUCUAAUCAAAGGAAGCCCUAAUUUUUUGAUUGUCUUGGUGUACAAUGUUGCAAAUGCUGGCGAUGUUUAUGCCAUGAGUGUCAAAGGUUCCAAAACCGGUUGGAUUCCCAUGUCACGCAAUUGGGGACAAAAUUGGAAUGUAGGAACUAAUUUGGGAGGACAAGCCUUGUCUUUUAGAGUGACUACUAGUGAUCGCAAAACCUUGGACUUUAUUAAUGUUGCCCCUCCCCAGUGGCAAUUUGGACAGAGCUAUAAGUCCCCAACAAAUUUUUAGAUCAUGUGU